UUACUUUGUCGACUUUUUGAAAAAAAGAAAAAAAAAAGGGGUUACCAGGUGGUUCCAAACAACCGGAGAUGGUAUAAGAAACACAGAGCGAAAAAACGAGACGUUUCAUAGGGCCGUUAAUCUUCCAUGGUUGUCCGAACAAAACCAGCUCAAUUCAAGUUCACUCACAAUAACACCUACACUACACAAACGCACCCAACAAUGGCCGCUUUCCUAAACCUCAGUACCUCCUUCUUUCCUUCCCCAAGACACCACCUUCUUCCGCCUCGCACAACGUUCCUCUACACCACACCCUUCUCUUCUCUACCUCACUCCUUCUCUUCCUCUCCGUCUCGACGUCCUCGUUUCGCUUCCACACCCAUCCUUUCCUCUCUUAAGGAAGAUUUGGGUCGGGUCACGAAAGUUUGGAGUGAUUUUAGUAGCUUGAAUUAUUGGGUUGUUAGGGAUUAUUAUCGACUCGUGAACUCUGUUAAUGCCUUGGAACCGCAUAUUCAGGGACUGUCUGAUGAACAGUUGACUACAAAAACAAUUGAGUUUCGACACCGGUUGAAACAUGGAGAGACAGUUGCAGACAUUCAAGCUGAGGCAUUUGCUGUUGUUCGAGAAGCUGCGAGAAGGAAGCUUGGAAUGCGUCAUUUUGAUGUCCAGAUCAUUGGUGGGGCGGUGCUUCAUGAUGGGUCAAUUGCUGAAAUGAAGACGGGUGAGGGAAAAACACUGGUUUCAACAUUAGCUGCAUAUCUUAAUGCCCUCACUGGGGAGGGUGUUCAUGUGGUAACUGUUAAUGAUUACCUAGCUCAACGAGAUGCUGAGUGGAUGGGUCGUGUUCAUCGUUUCCUAGGUCUUUCCGUGGGUCUUAUCCAAAGGGGGAUGAAAGCUGAAGAAAGGAGAUUUAACUACAAAUGCGAUAUUACUUACACCAAUAAUUCGGUAAGUCGGAUUCAAUGUCAUGUUGUUUUGAUGCGUUAUAUUAGGACACUUAGCACCUGUAGUUUGGAUACUCUGAAGGACUUCAAUUAUGAAACGUUGACAGGGAGAGUUGAAGAGAAAAGGAGAUGGUCUGAGGGGAUUCAUCAAGCUGUAGAGGCCAAAGAAGGUGUCAAAAUUGAGGCUGAUUCAGUUGUUGUGGCACAAAUCACAUAUCAAUCACUAUUUAAGCUCUAUCCGAAGCUGUCAGGGAUGACUGGGACUGCAAAAACUGAAGAGAAAGAGUUCUUGAAAAUGUUCCAGAUUCCAGUUAUUGAAGUGCCAACAAAUCUGCCAAAUAUUCGCAAGGAUUUACCUAUCCAAGCUUUUGCGACUGCACGAGGUAAAUGGGAACAUGUUCGUGAAGAAGUUGAGAGUAUGUUUAGACAAGGUCGUCCUGUUUUAGUUGGUACCACUAGUGUUGAAAAUUCUGAAUAUUUGUCUUCUCUGCUGAGAGAACAGAAAGUCCCUCACAAUGUUCUCAACGCUCGACCCAAGUAUGCUGCUAGGGAGGCUGAAACUGUUGCCCAAGCAGGGCGAAAAUAUGCCAUCACCAUUUCCACAAAUAUGGCUGGCAGGGGCACGGACAUUAUCCUGGGAGGAAACCCAAAGAUGCUUGCAAAGGAAAUUAUUGAGGACAGUCUGCUUUCAUUUUUGACCAAAGAAGCUCCAGAUUUUGAAGUUGAUGGUGAGCCAAUUUCACAAAAGGUGUUAUCAAAGAUAAAGGUGGGACCGUCAUCACUAGGUUUGCUAGCUAAGAUGGCACUGAUGGCUAAAUAUGUAUGCAAAAGUGAGGGUAAGAGCUGGACAUAUCAGGAAGCAAAAUCGAUUAUUUCAGAGUCUGUGGAGAUGGGUCAGUCAACAGAAUUGCAAGAGCUUGAGAAGCUUGUUAAUGAACAGUCUGAGAGUUACCCACUUGGUCCUUCUAUAGGGCUGGCUUAUCUCUCAGUUCUAAAAGAUUGUGAAAAACACUGUUUUAGUGAAGGGUUGGAAGUUAAAAGGCUUGGGGGCCUUCAUGUGAUUGGGACAUCGUUGCAUGAGUCCCGGAGAAUAGAUAACCAACUCCGUGGUAGAGCAGGCAGGCAAGGGGAUCCAGGAUCAACACGGUUUAUGGUGAGCUUGCAAGAUGAGAUGUUUCAGAAGUUUAAUUUUGACACCGAAUGGGCCGUGAAACUUAUAUCGAAGAUCACAAAUGACAAGGAUAUACCAAUUGAAGGUGAUGCAAUUGUUAAGCAGCUUUUGGCUCUGCAAAUUAAUGCUGAGAAAUACUUUUUUGGCAUAAGGAAGAGCCUGGUAGAGUUCGAUGAAGUGCUGGAGGUGCAAAGAAAACAUGUUUAUGACCUUAGGCAAUUAAUUUUAACAGGUGAUUCCGAAAGUUGUUCACAACACAUAUUCCAGUACAUGCAAGCUGUUGUAGAUGAAAUCAUUUUUGGAAAUGUUGAUCCACUGAAGCAUCCAAGCAAGUGGAAUUUGGGAAAGCUCUUGAAGGAGUUCAAUGGAAUUUCAGGGAAGAUAUUGAAUGGGAUUAGAGAGGUAGCUUUACGGGAAUCCCUCACACAGCUUCAUGAGUUAAGUUCUGUAAGUAUUAACGAUUUUCACCUUCCAAACUUGCCCUCACCUCCAAAUGCCUUCAGGGGAAUACGUAGGAAGAGCUCCUCAUUGAAACGUUGGCUUGCCAUAUGCUCAGAUGAUUCAGCUAAAGAUGGAAAGUACCGACCAACUGUUAAUCUUCUCCGCAAGUACCUUGGAGAUUUUAUAAUUGCUUGAUAUUUGGAUGUUGUACAAGAAUCUGGGUAUGAUGAUGCAUAUAUGAAGGAAAUAGAGAGGGCAGUUCUUGUGAAAACUCUAGAUUGUUUCUGGAGGGAUCAUCUUGUCAACAUGAACAGGCUCAGUUCGGCGGUAAAUGUCAGAAGUUUCGGGCACAGGAAUCCACUUGAAGAAUACAAAAUUGAUGGUUGUCGAUUCUUCAUUUCUAUGCUCAGUGCAACUCGAAGGCUAACUGUAGAAUCAAUCUUGCGGUAUUGGUCAUCUCCCAUGGAGUCCCAAGAACUUUAUGUAUCGUAGAAGUAGAAUCGUUGUCUUUGCUAGAGGUUGAUCUGGUCUUUUAUUUGAUGCAGUCCAUUGGUCUGAGGGGCAUAGUCAAGAAUUUUAUUCAGUGGGAUCAUUCAACAAGUUAUCAUCAAUGUCACUUGAAUAAUCCGUGGCAUCCAAAACCCACCAAAGCAGUAUCAGUGUCAAAGCUACACCAAGACCUAUUGGUGCAUAGUUGAAGGUGUUCCAUCUAAUAGGGUAGAGUUGGCAAUCGGAAGGCCAGGCAGAUAUAUCAUAUCCACACAAUAGGGCUGCGAAAUCCAUCUUACUUUACUCCAUAAUUGGGACGUCGUAGCAGCCAACCCACCCCUAUUGUACUUGUGGAAAUGAUGUUGGUAAAAGGUCACAUUGAUUUUCAAGAUGGGCAGAGAUGACUGUUGAUGCUGGAAAAAAAAAAAAAAACUAAAAAUGUAGAUGACUGCACAGAAACACACAGCAUCUGUUGGGACCUUGAAUUCUUUUGCCAAAUUGGUGAUUUUUUUGUUAGUUUUUUACUCGGUGAAAUGGGAUAGACAGUUGUGCAUGUAAUGCAAGAGAGCACAAUUUUGAGGAUUUGAAACUGUGAAUAUCAGCAAAAAAAAAAAGAAUGAAUUGUAGAUGUGGCGAGUAUUAUGUUGUGUUUGUAACAGUGCCCCAAGGUGGGUGAGCUUCAAAUUAUGAAAAUGUAUUUAUUCAAUAGGUUUGUAUCACAGACUUGAAUGGACUCGCAAGUUUGAAUGAAUAAUUGAUCAGAACAUUCUCUUUGA